AUGAAUUCGCGUGCGUCGAGUUUCACCGUCGAAGACAUCUGCGAAGCAAAGCAAGUGCUGUGCAAGUCCAUCGGGAUCGUCGGCACCUAUGUACCUCACCGGAGAGGGGAUGAAGCCGGGAAGAAGUCCCUCGAGGAUAUACAGAAAAUCCUGAGGGAGAAUAAAGACCGGAUUCCGGAGUUUAUGGCGACGGGUACUUCUAUCCAGCCGUCGUUUGAUCCGGAUAAGGUUGACGUUCGCUGCUUGUCAAAGGAAAUCGUGGCCCUAAAGACAAGAUUAGCGGAAGUUAUCUCUAAGUUUGAAGCCAGCCUAGUCACUAUUGCCGAAUUGCGCAACGAAAUCACAAGUUUGCGGAAUGCUCCAACUCGGUCGGCGGCUUCAAAUUUCAAGAACGAUCAUCGACCUGACACUCAUGUUGAGUCGGUUAGUUUGUGUGUUGCUGACACGGUAAAAUGUGCCGCACGCGCCGCUGCACCGCCCGCGCGCCCCCCGCGCGUGCGAUCGCCCCCUGUCACCUCGAAGUCACGUCAGCGUGCAUAUGCUGACGUCGCCGGUCAGCCUGUCGCAGCUAACCGGGUCAACUUGCCUGUUAAGGUGAAUGAAGCACGGGCUCCACUUAAGGAGAAGUCCUCCCGCACCGAUGUGGAUAAGGAGGGAUUCACACUGGUGGAAAGGAAACGCAAGGCGCGCAGGGCGCCUCGUAAGACUCUGUGUGGCACUGCGGAGCCGGUUAAUUCUGGCCUACGAGUUGCGACACCGAGUAAGGCGCUAUGCGUGUCACGCUUACAUUACUCCGCCGUGGCCGACGAGGUGGUGGAGUACGUCCGCCGGAAGACUGGCUUCACGCUGAGGAUGCACCAGCUACAGUCGCGUCACUAUGUGCACUUCAGUUCAUUUGUGGUGCGCGUGCCGCGUGCUUUAGUCAAAACUAGUUUUCAAAAGACUGGUUGGUUAUACUUGCCCACCGUGCCCAACAGUGGGCACGGCGCGGCGUGUCAAGUUGCGAGCUCAAACAGAGCAACGGUAUUACUCCGUCCCCCGGCCACGUGCGGCGCUGUGCUGCGUUUGGACAGUUACACUCACUGGAUCAUUAUCGAGCAGGAUACGCUGGGCGGGCGGCGUGGCGUGGGCGGGCGGUCGGCGCCGCGGCGAGUCGCCGAGUGCCGCCCGGACGAAGGGGACGGCAGAUUCCCGUAA